GAGCUCAAGUGCCUUUUGAUGUGGCUCAUGGUUGGAUCCAUCCAGAGGAGCGGAACAGAAGAAUGCCCAUCUCUGCAGAGAAUUGAAUUUGCCGAUGUUUUUGAAGCAUAUCCCCUGGGGACCAAACUCUAUUAUGACUGUGAUGAUGGCUAUAAGAGAAGAAAGGGGCACUACCUGGGAAUUCAGUGUAAAAGUAUAGAUGGGAUUGCUGAUUGGUUCUACACGAACUUCGAAUGUGUAGACAAGAACAUUUUGUUGUCGACGGCUCCCGUGGUUGAGUUAGACUUUACACAGAAGCCAGAAAGGAAAACCCAGAGCCCUGCACCCAAGAAACAAGAAAAUAUUCCAGACUUUGACCGGAAAGCUUUCUGUGGGAUGCCCAAGACUUUUCCGCAUGCCUCCAUAAGAAAGAAAAAAGCCUAUAACGUGGGGCAAGUGCUACAUUUCAAGUGUCAGAACGGUUAUGACAAGCGCCCUCCCACCUCGGGCACCCGCAUAUGCAAGAAGGAGAAUGGCAAUAUCAUCUGGACCCCCCUUGACAUUCAGUGCACCAAUGACAGCAGCUACAACGAUAAGAGGCCAUCACAGAUUACCCAGUCAGGUACAAUUCAUCCAUCCUUUCCCUCAUCUCUGAUACAGCUGGUGACAGCUAUCUUUUUUGUUCUGCUUAUCAUUCCUGCCAUCUUUCUGUGA